AUGCCGACAGUUACUUUACCGCCGAAAGAGAACGCGCUCUUCAAGAGGAUUCUGCGAUGUUACGAACACAAGCAGUACAGAAACGGACUCAAGUUCUGCAAACAAAUCCUGUCCAACCCGAAGUUUGCAGAGCAUGGAGAGACCCUGGCGAUGAAGGGCUUGACCCUGAACUGUUUGGGGAAGAAGGAGGAGGCCUACGACCUGGUGAGGAGAGGCCUGCGCAAUGACCUCAAGAGCCACGUCUGCUGGCAUGUAUACGGACUGCUGCAGCGCUCGGAUAAGAAGUACGACGAGGCCAUCAAGUGUUACCGCAAUGCUCUGAAGUGGGACAAGGACAACCUGCAGAUCCUCAGAGACCUGUCCCUGCUGCAGAUCCAGAUGAGAGACCUGGAGGGCUACAGGGAGACACGGUACCAGCUGUUGCAGCUGCGUCCGGCACAGCGGGCCUCCUGGAUCGGCUACGCUAUCGCCUAUCACCUCCUGGAAGACUACGAGAUGGCUGCAAAGAUCAUCGAGGAGUUCAGGAAAACACAACAGACGUCUCCAGACAAAGUGGACUACGAAUACAGUGAGCUACUGUUGUACCAGAACCAAGUGCUGAGGGAAGCAGGCCUGUACAAGGAGGCCCUGGAGCAUCUGUGCAACUACGAGAAGCAGAUCUGUGACAAGUUGGCUGUGGAGGAGACACGAGGAGAAUUACUGUUAAAGUUGGAGCGUCUAGAAGAGGCAACAGAAGUCUAUCGCCGUCUGCAGGAGAGGAACCCAGAGAACUGGUCCUACUACCACGGCCUGGAAAAUGCCCUGAAACCAAACAGUGUAGAGGAGAGACACAAGAUCUAUGAAGAUGCCUGGGAGAAGUUUCCUAAAGGACUGGUUCCUCGCCGACUGCCUCUCACCUUCCUCUCUGGUGAGAAGUUCCGAGAGUGUCUGGACAGGUAUCUGAGGAUGAACUUCAGUAAAGGCUGUCCGCCUGUCUUCACCACCCUCAAGUCACUGUACAACGACAAAGAAAAGGUGGCCAUCAUAGAGGAGUUGGUGGUCGGCUAUGAAACCUCAUUAAAAAGCUGUAGAAUGUUCAACCAGAACGAUGACGGUAAGGAGGAACCACCAACCACGUUGCUCUGGGUGCAGUACUUCCUGGCACAGCACUAUGACAUGAUUGGCCAACAGACGCUUUCUCUAGAAUACAUCAACGCAGCCAUCGAGAGUACGCCUACGCUCAUCGAGCUCUUCCUUAUAAAAGCCAAGAUUUACAAGCAUGCUGGGAACAUCAAAGAGGCCGCUCAGUGGAUGGAUGAGGCCCAGGCUCUGGACACCGCUGACAGAUUCAUCAACUCAAAGUGUGCCAAGUACAUGCUGAAGGCUGGCAUGAUCAAAGAGGCAGAGGAGAUGUGUUCCAAGUUCACACGGGAGGGAGCGUCAGCGGUGGAGAACCUCAAUGAGAUGCAGUGUAUGUGGUUCCAGACGGAGUGUGCACUCGCCUACAAGGGCAUGAAUAAGUUUGGGGAGGCUCUCAAGAAGUGCCAUGAGAUUGAAAGGCAUUUUGUGGAGAUCACGGACGACCAGUUUGAUUUCCACACAUACUGCAUGAGGAAGAUGACGCUACGCUCCUACGUGGACCUCCUGAAGCUAGAGGACGUGCUCCGGAUGCAUCCCUUCUACAACAAGGCUGCCGUCACGGCCAUCCAGAUCUACCUAAGCCUCCAUGACAAUCCCCUGACCGACGACAGCAAGGAGCUGCAGGCCGACACUGCUAACCUCUCGGACAAAGAGCUGAAGAAGCUGAGGAACAAGCAACGGAGAGCCCAGAAGAAAGCCCAGCUGGAGGAGGAGAAGAAGAACGCGGAGAAGGAGAAGCAGCUUAAGAACCAGAAGAAGAAGAAGGAGGACGAUGACGAGGAGAUCGGAGGGCCCAAAGAGGAGCUAAUUCCUGACAAACUGGUCAAGGUAGAAAAUCCACUGGAAGAAGCUGUCAAGUUCCUAAUGCCUCUCAAACAUCUGGUCAAGGACAAAAUAGACACACACCUACUGGCCUUUGAGAUCUACUUCAGGAAAGAAAAAUACCUGUUGAUGCUCCAGUCAGUGAAAGGAGCAUUGGCCAUUGACCCAGACCACCCAUGGUUACACCAGUGUUUAGUCCGCUUCUUUAAAGGAGUCUCGGAGAGCAAGGAGCUGCCGGAGGUGGUCAGGACGGUGCUGAAGCAGGAGAUCACCCGGCUGUUCGGAGACAGCAACGCUAAGAGCUUCAACCAGGCCUACCUCACCAAGCACUCAAACUCCGUACCACACCGACUGGCUGCUGCUAAGAUGAUGGUGUAUCUGGAUUCAUCGACGGAAACGAAGGCAGCAGAGCUGGCCACUGCACUAGAUGAGUCACUCGAAAACAGAACCAUACAGAUCAGCACAGAGGUCCUGGAGUGUCUUCGGAGUGGCGUCCUAGGCGACUGUAAGGAGCUUGCAGAGUCGUACCGUGCGGAGUGUCACAAGCUUUACCCCUACACGUUAGCUUUCACGCCCCCUGGAUACGAGGAGAACACCAAGAUCGCCAAUGGAGAUGUUUCCACGGAAACAGAGGAGCUAGCCAACGAGAUGUGAGCGUGACAGAACAACAGCGGAUGAGAAAAGGAAUUGGGCCGAGCACGGAGCCUUGUGGUACGCCUGGCAGCCAUUUUGUAGAGCCAGACACAGGAAGCGAAAAAUUUGGGUGUUUCGUUCUUUGGCUCAGCUUAAUUGGGUCUGACAUG